CCAGAAAUGUAUCAUUCGACGAUCAAGUUCACUUCUGUAAAGAACUCAACUAAACCCCAAAAGCAACAAGAUGGCAUUCAAGUUUGUUUUUGCACUCGCCUUCGUCGCCGUGGCCAGCGCUGGCUAUGUGCCCGAGGCCUAUCACGCAGCUGCUCCAGUUGCCACUUACGGUGCCCCCGUGGCUGUGGCCCAGAAGGUGGUGGUCAAGUCCAACGAGGAGUACGAUCCCCAUCCCCAGUACCGUUUCUCGUACGGAGUCGAUGACAAGCUGACCGGAGACUCCAAGGGUCAGGUGGAGGAGCGCGAUGGCGAUGUCGUCCGUGGCGAGUACUCGCUGGUGGAUGCCGAUGGCUACAAACGCACCGUUCAGUACACCGCCGAUCCCGUCAAUGGCUUCAACGCUGUGGUCAACCGUGAACCUCUGGUCAAGGCCGUCGCUGUUGCUCCCGUUGUGAAGACCGUUGCCGCCGCCCCCGUCGCUCACUAUGCCGCGCCCGCUAACUAUGCUGCUCCAGCUCCAGUGGCUCACUAUGCCGCUCCAUCUGUCCAGUAUGCCGCCCCAGCUGUUGUCAAGACGGUCGCUCCUGUUGCCCACUAUGCUGCUCCAGCUCCAGUGGCUCACUAUGCCGCCCCAGCUGUUGUCAAGACUGUUGCUCCAGCCUACUCCACCUAUGCCGCCCCAGCUCAGGUGGCCCACUAUGCUGCCCCAGCGCAGGUGGCCCACUAUGCCGCCCCAGCUCAAGUGGCCCACUAUGCUGCACCAGCUCAGGUAGCCCACUAUGCCGCCCCCGCAGCCCACUACGCCACCUACUCCGCACCAGCCGUCGCCUACCACCACUAAAAUGUUGAAUUCUUGUUUAUAAUCGUAUAUAGAAUCGUUGCUCAUAUUACUGUACAUUUAUUUAUUGCCAUCAACAAUAAAAUAAUGCAUACAUGUAUGUUAGAAUAUCUUGGAUUACAAUUAAAAUGGAUUUUUAUUUGAAA